CAAACUACAGCAUAGCAAACAACUUAAUCGUUUUGGAAGAACGAUAUAUUCAUUUUGGCAUUGUGCAGAGAUGAUCGCCAUCUCGGCCGUCAGCGGGGCGCUCCUGUGCUCCCUGCUCUGUGAAGCCAGCGCCGUCAUUUUACUCGAUUCCGCUGACUCGGCCCCGCCAACCAAUAAUGCCACUGAGAUUGAAGCUGCUCUCGAAGCUCAGCUAGAUUCUGUGGACAUCCCCAAAGCUAGGCGGAAGCGCUACAUUUCACAGACUGACAUGAUCGCCAUUCUUGAUUAUCACAAUCAAGUCCGGGGCAAAGUGUUCCCACCGGCAGCUAACAUGGAAUACAUGGUUUGGGAUGAAAAUCUUGCAAAAUCUGCAGAGACUUGGGCAGCUACUUGCAUUUGGGAGCAUGGACCUUCUUACUUGCUGAGAUUUUUGGGCCAAAAUUUGUCUGUACGAACUGGAAGGUAUCGAUCUAUUCUCCAGUUGAUCAAGCCGUGGUAUGAUGAAGUGAAGGACUAUGCAUUUCCAUACCCCCAAGAUUGCAACCCCAGAUGUCCUAUGCGGUGCUAUGGCCCGAUGUGCACACAUUACACACAGAUGGUUUGGGCCACCUCCAACAGGAUUGGAUGUGCAAUUCAUACUUGUCAAAACAUGAAUGUUUGGGGAUCUGUGUGGCGACGUGCCGUGUACUUGGUAUGCAAUUAUGCUCCAAAGGGCAAUUGGAUUGGAGAGGCACCAUACAAAGUAGGGGUACCAUGUUCAGCCUGUCCGCCAAGUUAUGGAGGGUCUUGUACUGACAACCUUUGUUUCCCAGGAGUAACGUCAAACUACUUAUACUGGUUCAAAUAAGCUGACCUUUUCCUCCAGGAAGUAUAAUAAUUUCUGAAAAUAAGCAUAUGUCUAUUUAAUU